AUGACGGCAGCCGCGAUGCCGACCACUCCAGUAUCCUGUUCCAAGAGUGAUAGAAAGCCACCUACGUCCACCCCCCGUGGGACGAGGACAAAGGAAGAGAAGAUCUUCGUGACAGUGCGGGUGAGGCCUUUGAGCAAGAAGGAGCAGGCGCUGAAGGACCACAUAGCGUGGGAGUGCAUCAACGAUCACACCGUCGUGUUCAAGCCCUCCUGCCAGGAUCGCUCCAAUUCCUCAUCUUCCCACACUUUUGGUAAGAACUCUGAAUUCAGGAUCUCCCCCUAUUAUAUCGUGCCUUCUCCAUUUACCUCAAUCCUUCCACCCCAGCUGGCUCUGUUCUGACUGAAGCUUCCCCCCUCGUAGACAGGGUGUUUGGCCCGGCAUGCCUGACCGAAACCGUGUAUGAAGAAGGAGCCAAGGAUGUUGCCCUUUCAGCUCUGACAGGAAUCAAUGGUAUUAUAAAUACAGCGUUAUAUACGAGAAUUUGCCACUUUUAAAUGCCUUAUUUUUGAAUCCUUGUGAUCCGACCCCUGUUUAAUCUCUGUAGCUACAAUAUUCGCGUAUGGGCAAACCAGCAGUGGGAAGACGUACACCAUGAGAGGGAUCACUGAGAAUGCUGUGAACGAUAUCUACAAUCACAUACAGAAUGUAUGCCCCCCCCCCAAAAAAAAACCAAUGAUGGUUUUAUUGAAUUGCUGACGUCCGUAGACGACCUGCGUUUUGAUGGUAACAUCAAUUGGGAGAAAUUCUGGGAUCUAGAUAUCUGAAAUCAUGUUAUGCUUCCCCAUCCGCAGACUCCAGAGAGAGACUUCGUAAUCAAGUUAUCAGCACUGGAGAUUUACAAUGAGGUGGUCAAGGACCUGUUGAAUCCAGAUUCAGGACCUCUUCGCUUGCUGGAUGACCCGGAGGUUUUCUUUUUUUUUCUCUUUUUAAUUCACUGAAGUGGGUAUGGUUCGGGUAAUCUGAAUGUCUUCCCUGAUGAUUUAGCCUUGAUUAAAUGAUAUCUUUUCAGCAAGGUACUGUGGUAGAGAAGCUGGAAGAAGAAACAGCAAGAAGUAGCCAACAUCUGAGACAAAUGAUUGCCAUUUGUGAAGGUAGAACUCUGUUUUUCUAGUCAACAGCGCUCGUGAAAUUGCAUCCCAAAUCACUGAGGCCCUACCAUGUUUCACAGCGCAGAGGCAAGUCGGAGAAACCGCUUUAAAUGAUACUAGCUCUCGAUCACAUCAGAUUAUACGGCUGGUGAGCUUGAUGGAAUUGGGGUUGACUUGUUGGUCUCCAUAGUCAUAGAUUCCAAAUAGAUAUCUAAGCUUUUCAUAUCAUCACCUGGUGCAGACUAUAGAGAGCAUGCUUCGAGAGAACUCCGGCUGUCUCAAGUCCUACAUUGCAACACUCGUAAGAUGGAGUGCCUCAAUGAGCACAUUUCUGUCAUUUUCGGAGAUUUUUUUCCGAGGAAUUUAGUUAAUUUAAUGGUUUCUACAGAAUUUUGUGGAUCUUGCUGGAAGCGAGAGGGCAUCUCAGACAAAUGCAGAUGGCGCAAGGCUGAAAGAAGGCUGCCAUAUCAACCGGAGCCUGUUGACUCUCACAACUGUCAUUAGAAAGCUCAGGUUAGUGUAACUAACUAUCUCGUUGAAACAUCCGAGGUCCACUACUGGACAUAAAGAUUGCCAGACUAAGAACUCCAAGCGAGAAAAAGUUGCCAAAAAAGGACCAAAAAGGUCUAAACCGACUGCCGUUUCUUUUGCCUUUUAUUUUUUUUUGAAUGUUAGAAUGGUAAGACCGAGAUUAAUGAUUUUAUUCUUAUAUAAGAAAACAUAGGAAUAUAAUUUUUUAGUGCUGAAAACGAGUACAUAUAUUCUUCAAUGGAAUAUGAACCAGAUUAAAACCUGUACUCCCACAAGAGCAAAAAACAAUGGAAUACAUAUAUUCUUCACAGACUAUGAGCGGUUUUUCCCCCCCCCCCAAUCAUUAUUCUUCAGCGAAAGGUACCUUAUCUGUCUCCUUGAUAUAUAUGCUCUUCCAUCAUUCUUCAGCGCUGGAAAGAAAAGCGGCCACAUUCCGUACAGAGAUUCGAAGCUCACUCGCAUCCUCCAAGUCUCUCUCGGCGGCAACGCUCGGACGGCCAUCAUCUGCACCAUGAGUCCGGCGUUCACCCACGUCGAGCAAUCUCGCAACACUUUAUAUUUCGCCACCCGCGCCAAGGAGGUCACCAACAACGCCCAAGUGAACAUGGUAUGUCUGGAGAUCAUCACAUUCUUCAUAAAAAAUAAAAUAAAAUAAAAUAAUAAAAAACCAUGAAUCACAUCGCAUCUUAUGGGUUCUUCUCCUCAUCUGUUCAGCUCGUCUCCGACAAGCAAUUAGUCAAGCAUUUGCAGAAGGAGGUGGCCAGGCUCGAAGCGGAGCUGCGGACGCCGGAGCCCUCUGCGUCUUCCACCUCAGAUGCGAUCCUGAUGGAGAAAGAGCUCCAGAUCAGAAAGGUGGGAAAUCCCCCGAAUUUUAUUCAUCAAUCAUAGUGAAGAAAGGAAAGAAAGCUGAGCCCUUUGAUUCGUUGAGAUGGUGUGCAGAUGGAGAUGGAGAUGGAGGAGCUGAAGCGCCAGAGGGACCUCGCACAAUCGCAGCUGGACGAGCUGCAGAGGAGAUUAGAUGAGAAUCAAAGGGUAGGCGCAUGAUAAUCUCGCACCAGGUUCCAUUAAUGGGGCAUUAGAAUCUGCCGUGGCAGUUAAUUUCGAGCUCUGCGUUCUCUCUUUCAGGGACAGAAUCCCGUCGAGUCUCCUCGCCAGGCGGCGAAAUGCCUCACCUUCUCCGGCCCAUCACCCUUCCAUGGAAGGUCCAGGAACCCGAUGAGGCAAUCCUCGACGGUUCCGUUCAUGUUGGUACAUGAAAUCCGCAAGCUCGAGCACCUGCAACUGCAGCUCGGAGAAGAAGCCAACCGGGCCCUGGAGGUGCUUCAGAAGGAGGUGGCCUGCCACAGGCAAGGGGACCAGGACGCCGUGGAGACCAUAGCCAAGCUUGAGGCCGAGAUCAAGGGCAUGCGCGCCGUUCAGUCUCUGUCCAAAGAGGCGGCGCCGCCGCCACCUGCCGGCGGAGCGGCCGGCGGUGAGGAGAAGAGCUCGUCGGGGGCGAACCUCAAGGAGGAGAUAACCAGGCUUCACUCUCAGGAGAGCACCAUCGCCACUCUGGAGGAGAAGCUAGAGAAUGUGCAGAGAUCUCUGGACAAGAUGCUGCUGUCUCUGCCGUGCGGCGGCGAGUCGAGGACGACGACCCAGUCGAGGAAGAAGAAGAAGACGAUCCUCCCACUCUCGGUCAGUAGCUCCGUCAACGUGCAGAAUCUGAUACUCAAAUCCCCGUGCUCUCCCAUGUCGGCGGUGGAGGACGAGCCGGAGAACAGGGCCCCGGGAGGCGGCACCCCCUUCCCGUGCUCAGAGAAGGCGGCGGCGGCCACCCCCGGAAGGAGCGAGGACGGCGGCGACGCGUCGUCGCGGGAAGGAACGCCGCCGUGCCGCCGGCGCACCAGCUCCGUGAACAUGCGCAAGAUGCAGAGGCUGUUCCAGAACGCGGCGGAGGAGAACAUACGGAGCAUAAAGGCGUACGUCACCGAGCUCAAGGAGAGGGUCGCCAAGCUCCAGUACCAGAAGCAGCUCCUGGUUUGCCAGGUCAAACCCCACCCGCCAUAGCCCAUCUCAUCUCCGAGAAGCCCUCCUCCCAUCUCCCAACUGAUUGAUGGCGGGGCGGCCAUUUCAGGUGCUGGAGCUGGAGGCGAACGAAGGGUACGCGGGGGCGGAAGAGGACGACUCCUCGGAGAUCCAGCGGAGCUCGCCGGAGACAUGGAGCUCCGCCAUGUUCAAGGAACAGAGGCGGCAGAUCCUCCGGCUGUGGGACGUCUGUCAGGUCUCCAUCAUCCAUAGAACGCAGUUCUACCAGCUCUUCCGAGGGGACCCAGACGACCAGAUCUACAUGGAAGUGGAGCUCCGCAGGCUCACCUGGCUCCAGCAGCACCUGGUGGAGCUCGGCACCGGAAGCCCCUUCGGGGAGGAGCCCCCCCUCUCGUUGGUAUCGAGGUAAAGCAGGAACCCUAAACCCCAGACAGGUCUCUAAAACCCUAAAAGAGAAAAAAACCCCUAAAAAUCCUGGUAUUUUUUGGGGGGAAUGGCAGCGCGAGGGCGCUGAGGCAGGAGAGGGAGUUCUUGGCAAGGAGGAUGAGCUCGAGGCUGACGGCGGAGGAGAGGGCGGCGCUGUACGUGAGGUGGGGGGUGGCUCUGGAGAGCAAGCAGAGGAGGAUGCAGGUGGCGAACAGGCUGUGGACUGAUCCUGAAGAUGCAGAGAACGUGGAGGAAAGUGCCCACCUGGUGGCGCAGCUGGUUGGGCUCGGAGAAGGAGGGGACGCCGUCCCCAAGGAGAUGUUUGAGCUCAACUUCGCCCUCCCCGAGGCCAAGCGCCCUUGGCUCCUCGGCUGGAAUCCCAUCCACAACCUCCUCAGGAUCUGA